UGGGCAGUGGGUCCCGCUCCUGCCUAGUGCGUGGCUGACAUCGGGAGGGGCUGGGAGGGGCGAGGGCGCAAGUCGCCGUGGCGUGCCGUGAGGGAGGCGCCAGCCCCGCGGGGCGGGCCGGCGAGCUGCGGGGCCACGCAGAGAUCCCGCCUCCCGCGCGCCCGCACCCGCUGUGCCACCCCGCCGCGGCGCCGGCAACUUUGGGAUGGAGUUUGGGCGGACGCUGUGGCUCUGCCUGGCGCUGGCGCUGGGGCCGGGGCCCGCCAGGGGCCACCCGGAGCCGUGCGGCGUCCUGGCGCGCCUGGGGGGCUCGGUGCGCUUGGGCGCCCUCCUGCCCCGCGCGCCCGCCGCCCGCGCCCGCGUCCUCGCCGCCCUGGCCGGGGCCGCCCUGGCGUCGCGGCUGCCGCACAACCUGAGCCUGGAGCUGGCGGCCGCCGCGCCCCCUGCCCGCGACCCGGCCUCGCUGGCCCGCGGCCUGUGCCAGGCGCUGGCGGCCCCGGGCGUGGCGGCCGUGCUGGCCUUCCCGGAGGCGCGGUCCGAGCUGCUGCAGCUGCACUUCCUGGCGGCGGCCACGGAGACCCCCGUGCUCAGCGUGCUGCGGCGGGAGGCGCGCGCGCCCCUCGGGGUCCCGAACCCGUUCCACCUACAGCUGGACUGGGCCAGCCCCCUGGAGACGCUGCUUGACGUGCUGGUGGCUCUGCUGCGGGCACACGCCUGGGAGGAGGCCAGCCUGGUGCUCUGCCGUGUGCGGGACCCUGCUGGCCUGGUGGCCCUCUGGACAGCCCGGGCAGGCAGGGCCCCGAAGCUGGUGCUGGACUUGAGUCGGCCAGACACAGGCGCCAAGGGGCUGCAAGCACGCCUGGCCCCCCUGGGGGCUCCAGCAGGGGUCUCGGCCCCCGCCCCUGCGGCUGUGCUCCUGGGUUGCAGCCCCGCCCGCGCGAGGCAGGUGUUGCAGGCCGUACCCCCCGGCCCUCCCCACUGGCUGCUGGGCACGCCACUGUCCGCCGACGUCCUGCCCUCCGAGGGCCUGCCCUUGGGGCUGCUGGCCCUGGGCGAGGUGGCCCGGCCGCCGCUGGAGGCCGCCGUUCACGACGCUGUGGAGCUGUUGGUGCGAGCCCUGGGUCAUGCCGCGCGGGUGGAGCCGGAGCACGCCCUCCUGCCCACCACGGUCAACUGCAGCGGCCGGCAGCUGACCAGGCCCGUGUCCUCCGGCCGCCUCUUGGCGCGGUUCCUAGCCAACACGUCCUUCCGGGGCCGCACGGGAUCCGUGUGGGUGAGCCGCUCCUCCCAGGUACACAUCUCCCGGUACUUCCGAGUGUGGAGCCUGCGCCAGGACCCGCGGGGUGCCCCGGCCUGGGCCACUGUGGGUAGCUGGCGGGCCGGGCAGCUGGAGUCCCAGCCGGGUGGCGCCCCCGCACAGUCCCCGCCCUCGCCGGGAGCCCGAGCCCGGCCCAAGCUGCGCGUGGUGACGCUGGUGGAGCAUCCUUUUGUGUUUGCCCGGGAGCCAGACGAGGAUGGGCAGUGCCCCGCGGGGCAGCUGUGCCUGGCCCCUGGCACCAACGACUCGGCCACCCUGGAUGCACUGUUCGCUGCGCUGGCCAACGGCUCGGUGCCCCGCGCCCUGCGCAGGUGCUGCUUCGGCUACUGCAUUGACCUGCUGGAGCGCCUGGCAGACGACACGCCCUUCGACUUCGAGCUGUACAUCGUGGGUGACGGCAAGUACGGCGCCCUGCGGGACGGCCGCUGGACCGGCCUGGUGGGGGACCUGCUGGCCGGCAGGGCGCACAUGGCUGUCACCAGCUUCAGCAUCAACUCGGCCCGCUCCCAGGUGCUGGACUUCAGCAGCCCCUUCUUCUCCACCAGCCUGGGCAUCAUGGUGCGGGCCCGCGACACGGCCUCGCCCAUCGGCGCCUUCAUGUGGCCGCUGCACUGGUCCAUGUGGCUGGGUGUCUUUGCCGCCCUGCACCUCACUGCGCUCUUCCUCACGCUGUACGAGUGGCGCAGCCCCUACGGCCUCACGCCCCGGGGCCGGAACCGGGCCACCGUGUUCUCCUACUCCUCGGCCCUCAACCUCUGCUAUGCCAUCCUCUUUGGACGCACCGUGUCCAGCAAGACGCCCAAGUGCCCCACGGGGCGCCUGCUCAUGAACCUGUGGGCCAUCUUCUGCCUGCUCGUGCUGUCCAGCUACACGGCCAACCUGGCCGCCGUCAUGGUCGGGGACAAGACCUUCCUGGAGCUGUCGGGGAUCCAUGACCCCAAGCUGCACCACCCGUCCCAGGGCUUCCGCGUGGGCACCGUGUGGGAGAGCAGCGCCGAGGCCUACAUCAAAAAGAGCUUCCCCGACCUGCACGCGCACAUGCGGCGCCACAGCGCGCCCACCACGCCGCACGGCGUCGCCAUGCUCACGAGCGACCCCCCCAAGCUCAACGCCUUCAUCAUGGACAAGUCGCUCCUGGACUACGAGGUCUCCAUCGACGCCGACUGUAAACUGCUGACCGUGGGCAAGCCUUUCGCCAUGGAGGGCUACGGCAUCGGACUCCCUCAGAACUCGCCGCUCACCUCCAACCUGUCCGAGUUCAUCAGCCGCUACAAGUCCUCCGGUUUCAUCGACUUGCUACACGACAAGUGGUACAGGAUGGUUCCUUGUGGGAAGCGCGUCCUCGCCGUCACAGAGACACUGCAGGUGGGCAUCUACCACUUCUCGGGACUCUUCGUGCUGCUCUGCCUGGGGCUGGGCAGCGCUCUGCUCAGCUGCCUGGGCGAGCACGUCUUCUACCACCUGGUGCUCCCGCGCAUCCGCAGGGGCAAGAAGCUGCAGUACUGGCUGCACACGAGCCAGAGAAUCCACCGCGCCCUCAACACAGAGCCGCCGGGAGUCGAGGAGCCAGGCCCCAGGGCUCUGGAGGACCAGCAGCAGGACGCACCGGCAGCGUCUGCGGGCGCGGCGAGCUGGACCCGGGUGCGCCGGGCCAUGGCGAGGGAGCGUCGCGUGCGCUUCUUGCUGGAGCCCGCAGAAGCCGCCGCGGCGCCUGACUCGGAGGAGGCGGGGCGGCCAGAGGGCCCGGUCUGGCUGUGUUCCAAUGGCCGCCUGCCAGCUGUGCUGCCCUCGGGCCCUCCGGGUCCCGGCGAGCUGCGGGAGCUGGAGCAGCGCAUCGAGAGUGCGCGGGAGCGGCUCCGCCAGGCCCUGGCGCGGCGCGGCGCGCUGCUGGCCCAGCUGGGGCACGGGGACCGGCCUCUGCGCCUGCUCCAAAGCACCUGAAGGCGCCCGACGACCCAAGGAACGCACCCCCUGCCCGGCGCAGGCACCCCCUCCCCCGGCCCUGCCUGAGCGGCCCCCACCCCAGAGCCUGCGCGAAGCCCCGCCCCAAGCCCGCGGCAACCCCCCGCCCGCGCACAGACGCUCCGGCCGCUGUCAACAGUUUAUUCUAUAUACAAACACAAUUUUGUACACUGCAUUAAAUAGAAUGGAAUGAG